CUCAGUGCGUGAAAGCAGACUACUUGGGUUCGCUUCCUGACUUCUCCACUUACAUCUGUGUAAGCUUGGGCAAAUCAUGUAGCCCCCAAGCCUGAAUGUCCCACCUGGAAACUGGGGGGAUGACAGAACUGCUUCAGAGGGCUGUUGUGAAGACUAAAUGAGCUAACUUACAUGACGUUUUUAGUACAUUGUGUGACGAGUUAUGUUAGCUACUGUCAUUACUGUUGGUGACUAUGAAGGACACAUACUUAUUUGUGAAUCACCGUUCUUAAAAACAAAAUUUUUUGCUUUGCAGAUUUUUUAAAAAAUGGAUUUGGCCAACCAUGGACUUAUUCUCCUGCAACAGUUAAACGCUCAGCGAGAGUUUGGUUUCCUGUGUGACUGCACGGUUGCAAUCGGCGAUGUGUACUUCAAGGCACACAAAUCAGUUCUUGCUUCAUUCUCCAAUUACUUUAAGAUGUUGUUUGUCCAUCAGACCAGUGAGUGUGUCCGUUUGAAGCCCACUGACAUCCAGCCCGAUAUCUUCAGUUAUCUCUUACACUUGAUGUACACAGGGAAGAUGGCACCACAGCUUAUUGACCCCGUCCGCUUGGAGCAGGGGAUCAAGUUUCUGCACGCUUACCCACUCAUCCAGGAAGCCAGCCUCGCCAGCCAAGGAGCCUUCUCUCAUCCUGACCAGGUGUUCCCGCUAGCUUCCUCCUUGUAUGGCAUCCAGAUAGCAGAUCAUCAGCUGAGACAAGCCACCAAGAUUGCCCCGGCCCCUGAAAAACUUGGAAGAGAGCCAAGGCCACCGACAUCCAGGGUGAGCCACGAGCAGGUGCCCGAGGCCUCCCAGCUCUCCCAGUUACCUUCGAAUCUGACUCAGGUGAAUCGGACAAACAUGACUCCCUCCGACCCACUGCAGACCUCCUUGUCUCCAGAACUUGUUUCCACUCCUGUGCCUCCCCCUCCUCCCGGGGAGGAGACCAAUAUGGAAGCUUCUUCCUCUGACGAGCAGCCCACAUCCCUCACCAUAGCCCACGUCAAGCCGAGCAUCAUGAAAAGGAACGGAAGUUUCCCCAAGUACUAUGCUUGCCACCUGUGUGGACGGCGGUUUACGCUCCGGAGUAGUUUGCGAGAACACCUCCAGAUUCACACGGGAGUACCUUUCACAUCAAGCCAGCCAGGAGAAAGCCGUGUCCCCCUGUCCCUUUGUAGUAAUGCGGCCGACCUAGGAAAAGAUGCCAUGGAAGUGCCUGAAGCGGGGAUGAUAAGCGACAGUGAGCUGCAGCACAUCUCAGAUUCUCCCAUUAUCGACGGCCAGCAGCAGUCAGAAACCCCGCCCCCCUCGGACAUCGCAGACAUUGACAACCUGGAGCAGGCCGACCAGGAAAGGGAGGUGAAGAGGCGGAAGUAUGAGUGCACGAUAUGCGGACGCAAAUUCAUCCAGAAGAGCCACUGGAGGGAGCACAUGUACAUCCACACCGGGAAGCCUUUCAAAUGCAGCACUUGUGACAAGAGCUUUUGCAGGGCCAACCAGGCUGCCCGACACGUGUGCCUCAACCAGAGCAUCGACACAUACACCAUGGUGGACAAACAGACCCUGGAACUCUGCACGUUCGAGGAGGGCAGUCAGAUGGACAACAUGUUGGUGCAGACCAACAAACCUUACAAAUGCAACUUGUGUGACAAAACAUUCUCGACUCCCAAUGAGGUGGUUAAACACUCAUGCCAAAACCAAAACUCGGACGUCUUUGCCCUGGACGAGGGGCGGUCCAUUCUCCUGGGCACUGGGGACUCAGAAGUGACGGAACCUGACCACCCAGUGUUAGCAUCCAUCAAAAAGGAACAGGAAACAGUGUUGUUAGACUGAAUGUUACUGGUCUUUUAAAAAAAAAAAAAAAACUGUCAUUUUUACAGACUAUCUUCCUCUCCUUCCCCCAAUUCAGAACUAUAAUAUGGUUUUCCAUGGCAUGAAUCAAACAGGUCUCUGUCCCCUUUCUCCUUGUCCCCUCCUCCUCAUCUGCACAGCCCCACCUCGGUAACCGUUUUGUGCAUUAGAGGCCUGAAAUAUAUUUAAUACAGGGGAUAUUGGAAAGAUAAUGGUCAGUAGUACUUAUAAACUCAAACAGAUUGAGAAUUUUAGUUUAUUUAAAAGCAUACUUGGAACUAAUGAAGGGUAUAUACCAAAACAACCAGAAUGCAAUUUGGUAAGCUAAAAUUACGACUUUUCCUGGGUAUUAAGUCUUCUUCUCAGAAAAACAAUGUCAGAAAAUACAGCGUGCUCUGGGCUGUGUACUAUGCAAAAUAUAGAAGUGUGGGGAAACUUUAAACCCAAGCAAAUGUUCUUAGUUUUCUUCUGCAGGCGUUUUGUUUCAGAGUGCAUCCUUUGAGAUUAUGUCCAGUCGAGAAAAAUCAUUAGUUAGGAAAUCUACUUUAACAAAACACUCCCAAAAAAAAGGAAAAAAAAAUAAUAAUGUGAUGGCAAUCUUAAUUUGGGGGUGAAACAUGACAAGCUGUGAGUCUGUGUGUCUGUAAGAGAAUAUGUGUGGGUACUUGCUCGAAACAGGUGAAUUGAUGAUGCACAUGCCUUAUCUAAAUGCUAGCCUCUUUCUACGGUGAACAACAAAAUGCUGUAUUUUUAGUUUCUGACAAAUUUGUUGUCUGUUUUUAAAAUCAGAUUUGAAAAAUACUGUCCUACAGAUUGUCCUUCUGAAUAGAAAAUGAUAUGCCACUCUUGAACUGUUGCCGAUGGUAAACAUGUUAGCACCAGCCGGAUGCUUUUAAAUGGGUGUGUAUACCGCAUGGGAAAGGAUACGGGUGAGGCUGUGAGCAGAGCAUGUAGUGACUUUAAUGAUGUCAACAGUUAGUGCUAAUAGUUUACUGGCAACAUUCAUGGAAGCAUCAAAAAAUGGUAAAGAGAAACCAGGACAAAAAGUCCCAAUUGCUGUUUGGGGAAAAACUUGAUUUUGCUGUUUGUUUUCCACUUUUCUUUUUUUUAAAAAAAAAAAAAA